GCCGUCGGGCAGGCGUAGAGCGGAAGCCAUCGCCGCUACCCGUGUUGUGGUGCCUGGCGCACGGGAACAGGAUCGCGAAGAAGGAGCCCGAUGUCCUACCUGCCUGUGCUGCUGCGUGACUGUUGUGCUUGUGCUAACACAGCUGGUCUUGGCUUUAGCUUUGUUCUACCUGACCACCACAGGCGCAGCGACCAUGACUACGACCGCAACUACUGUGAAGAGUACCAGGACGAGGACCACUACUACGACGACGACCGCUACUACGAUGAGGAACAUUGCCAAGCCGACGACGCCGACACCGACGAUUACGACGACUGCUACCACGACGACAACUACUACGACGACUACUACGACGACCACUACCACGACAACUACUACUACGACAACCACCACCACGACCACGACGACUACUACGACGACUACUACGACGACCACUACCACCACAACUACUACUACGACAACUACCACCACCACCACGACGACUACUACGACGACCACUACCACGACAACUACUACUACGACAACUACAACCACCACCACGACGACUACUACGACGACCACUACCACGACAACUACUACUACGACAACUACGACCACCACCACGACGACUACUACAACAACGACAACCACUACCACGACGACGACCCCGUCUCCUAACAGGACAGCGAAGGCCUAU